CGUCCCCUUUUCCCCUUGAAAUUGUCCGUUCAAGAUGGCUUCUAUCAUUGCACGACGAUCUAGCCGUGUUUAUCGACUUUACGAGACAUGUUCUCGUUCCUUUUCUGUUGGUCACAGAAACAAUGCUGAUAUGGCAUUUACAUUCGCAUCACCUUAUGAUGUGUAUUACAAAGAUGCCAAGGUAAAACAGAUUGAUGUCCCCACUUUCAGUGGAAAUUUUGGUAUUCUUCCAAGCCAUGUUCCAACAUUAGCUGUCUUGAAACCAGGUGUUGUAAAUGUAUUUGAAGAGGAUGGGUCACAGAAAAAAUUCUUUGUAAGCAGUGGCUCUGUGACAAUAAACGAUGACUCCUCAGUACAAAUUUUAGCAGAAGAGGCUCAUCCUAUUGAUAGGUUAGAUGCAGGAGCAAUCCGUGAAGGUUUGACCAAAGCCCAACAUGAAGUAACCUCUGCUUCCUCUGAAACUGCCAAAGCUGAGGCACAGAUAGCGGUAGAAUGUUUCGAAGCUUUACAGAAAGCUGUAGAGUAAUUUAUUUUGUUCACUUUUAUAAAUAGGUUUAUCCUUUUGGGUCAUGCCUAGUAAGUUUCAAGAUAUGGCCCUAAUGUUAUUGUGAAAAGGAAUAACUUUAGAACUGUCAUUUAUUUGAAGUCUUGAAUGAAUGAUGAAAUGUAUGAAAUAUUUUUGAACAUAGUGUAACAAUAAAUGAUGACAUUCUGAAAAAAAA